UCCACGACUGGGUGGUGGCGCAGCUGUCCAUUGACGACGGCCUCAAGCAGGUGGGGUGCUGGGUGGCGUGCUGGGUGGGUGGGGGAUGGGUUGGAACAAGCGCUGGCAGGCCGCCAUCAACAGCGGCGGCAAGUACGUGUACCUGGGGUCCUUCCUGUCCGAGUACGACGCCGCGAGGGCGUUUGACAAGGCGGCAGUCAAGCUGCGCGGACUGAGGGCCAAGCUGAACUUCGCCUACUCGGAGUACGUGGACGACCAGGGCAACCUGCUGGACGACCCCAAGAUGAGGGGCGUCAUGAGCAAGAUUGAGCAGGUGGCCGGCGGCGGCGCUGUGACUGGCGGUACGGGCGGCCGCGGCAAAGCGGAUCAAGGAGAUGACCUGAGCGGCCUAGACGAUGGGGAGGACGCCAGUCCGCCUGCGCCCAAGUCCCGCGCACCCAAGCGCCAGAACCGCCAGUCCACCCCCCUGCCGCUACCGCUGCCCCUGCCGCUGCCGCUGCCUGGAGCCGGCCUGCUUGGUCUGGACGACGGGCUGGGUGGCGGCAGUGUCGCCGGAGGCGGCGGCGGCCGCAACAGCAACAACGCGGCGGCAUGCAGCAGCGACGGCCCGGCUGGGAAUGGCGGCGGCGGAGGCAACUUGGUUAUGAACCUGGCUCAGGGUCUGAUUGACCAGCCGCUGUUCCCGCAAUUUCCUGGAGACUCGUUAGGAGGCGACGGCGGCGGUGUUGGUGGUCUGGGCGGGUUGAGCGGGCUGGGCGGCGAUGACAUGGGUUUGCCAGUGCCGCCAAUGCCGUUGUCGGGCACGUUGGGUCGGAAUGGCGGCGGCAACGGCGGCGCAGGUAACGGCCGCGGCGGCGGCGGCCGGGGUGGCGGCGGCCCCCUUGGCGGCGGUGGCAGUCUUAGCGGCCUGGUCGGCGGCUUUAGCAGCGGUGUGGGCGGCUAUGACCUGGACCCUGGCAUGGCUCCCACACUUAACCUGGGCGGCGGUGGCGGCGGCGGGGGCACGCCGAUCUUGGGUGGCAGGGGCGGCGGUAACGGCGGGGGCGGAGCCGCCGCCGGCGCAGGCGGCGGCGGCGGUAACGGCGGCGGCGGCGGCGCCAGCAGCUCUGUGCAGCGCGCCAUCCUGCGCGAGCUGCCUCAGGGCUGCACGCUGCUGACGCUGGUGCCCAACCGCUUCGCCAACAGCAAGGAGGAGAUGUGCGGCGCGCUGUACACGGAUGCGACGGCGCCGCAGGGGCUGAUCGGCAGCAGCGUGUGGACGGGCAGCUCCAUCAUCAAGAUGGGGAUGUACGACACGGAGCGCGACGCGCGCCAGGCCGCCAUCAAGUGCAUGCAGCUCUACUGGGCGUUCUGCUCCGACGAGUGGCGCGUGGAUUUCUACAACGCGCUCAGUGUCAUGGGCGGCGGCGGCGCCGGCGACGUGGACAGCGUGGGCGGCGGGAAUGGUGGCAAUGGAGUGGGUGGAGGAGGCGGCGUGGGCACGUUUGAGGGCCUGGGCGGCUCGGUGUCGGCGGCAUCGGCGGCCGCGGCGGCUGGGUACCGUGGCGGGCAUGGUGGCGGCGGCGGCGGUGGCGGCGGCCGGGGAGGCCAGCUGCUGGAUUCAAUGGGAUUGGGGUUGGAUCUGGGUCUGGGAUUAAACGCCAGCGGCGGCCUGCACGGGCACAACGGCCACCACCACCACCAUGGCCAUCACCACAGCCACCAUUCCUCAGGAGCGGGCGGCGGUAACGGCGGCGGCGGCGGGUAUGGCCGUGGCAAUGGCGGCGGCGGUGGGCUAGGCAGCGGGCAUCACGACCUGCUCGGCGGCGGCGGUGGCGGCGGCGGCGGUGACGGCCUAGGCAUGGGCUCGCUCCAGUCUCUCAACAGCACCCAGGCCGGUCUGAACGAGCUCUUCCAGUUUAUGGCGGGCAUGAGCGGCGGAGGCUCCGGCGGCAAUGGCGGCGGAGGCCGCAGCCGCGGCGGCUUAGCCGACGACAUGGGCGGUGACGGCGGCGCGGGCGUGGGCCCUGGCUCGCUGGUCAGUGUGGCCCUGGGCAAGCGCAGCAACCUCAUGGAUGACUACGGCAUGGAAGGCAUGGGCGGCGGCGGCAGCCUACACGGGCUGUUGGGCGGUGGUGGCGGCGGCGGGCCGGAGAUCAAGCGCCAGCGGCUGGACCUGGCGGCGGCGAGCGGGCUGAGCCUGGAUAUGGGCCUGGGCGGCGGCGGCGGUGGUGGCGGCGGCGGCGGCCUGGGCGGGCUGGGUGGUGAGGGUGGCGGCGACUUCCGUGCCGCGCACCGGCUGCAGCUGAGCUCGCACCUCCUUCGAGAGCUGCAGCAGGCGGCGGGCGUGUAGGCAGGCAGCAGCUGAGGCGACUGCGAGCGUGUGCCGCAGCAGGCACAUUGUGAUGGGCCAGGUCGUGGGAGUGGGGCGCCUGUUACGGCUUUGACGGGUUUCUGCAGGAGCAGGUGUGCGUGCUUGUGACGCAGGAGCGGAGAGCGUUCUGGUGGAGGCGGCGCAGCUAGAUGCACAAUGGGCGUUAUACGUUGCCCUCCCCGCAGUUGUACAAAGUUGGAGCGCAUGUAGGUGCGCGGCCCUGCGGGCUGCAGCAAUGCUUGGGUGCACCGUGCGUGUGUGCGUAUGUGUGUGUGCGGGGAUUGGCAUGACUGUGGGUUUGUGCGGUGUGCGUUUGGCAGGAGGGCGAAAAGAAGCCACGAGGAUGGAAGGCUGCAGAUAAAGGAAUGAAGUAAAUACGGUUGUGGGGAUGGGAGGAUGGGGAUGGGGGGUAUUAAUAGGAGCUCGCGUGCCGAUGUACAAGGCAUGUCCUGAACACAAACAAGACCGAGAGGCCGUGGAUGCGUGGGGCUGAGAUCUUGAAACGUUUUGGGGGGCGUCCAGAGGUUGCAGGGAUCCGCACAGGGCUCCUCUGCUCAAGUGCGGAGGACGUAAUGCUUUCAAUCUGACAUCAAUGGCGGUAUGUAGUCAUGAAGCUUCAGGCGCUCUAGGGUUGAGUGAAUUUGGCGAGUGUGGGUGUGCCAGGCCUUCAGACAGCUUGAGCAGUAUGAAGUUCUUACUCGGUGCAGCACAAAAGAUGCAUGAUGCGUCAGUACGAUUCACGUGCCCGCGAGCUUAUCGUGUUGCUCAAAACACAAAGUUUGCGGUGGUUGUACACCCGGAGUGGGAUGGGCACGGGCAACAAGCCGCCCAAAAGGAGUGGAGUGCAGCACGGCACGGAAGGUCCUUUUCCAUGUAAUGUUACCGCGUAUUAUUAACAGCUAACGUCGACUCCGCAACCAACAUCCGGCACGCGCUGGUGGAGAUGCUGCUGGGGCACAAGCGACCUGCAUCGCUGCAGACUGGCGGCGGCGGUGGCAGCAGCAGGGGUGCCCCUGCCGGCCAGGCAUGCAGCUGCACCAGUGAAUUUGGGAUGCCGGCAUGCCGCCAGGCGCACGGCCGAGUGCGGUAAGUCCAUGUCGACCUCCGCCGUACCCACAUCUGCUGAAUUACCCCGCCGUCGGCGGGAAGGCGCGAAGCGCCACUGCUGGGCCGUCACCGCGUCAACAGCGUGGGCCACUGGCAAGUGGCCCAUUGCCGUAAUCCUGCACUGCACUGUCCCGCUGAGGAAUAAGUGUGUGUCCGAGCCCUAGAUAGCUCUAACCACUGAGUAUAGCCGGGGUCAGUG